AUGUCGGCCCAGCCUCCUCAUCCGACCUUGCUGAUUCCCGGCCCCAUUGAGUUUGACGAUGCCGUGCUGCACUCCAUGUCCCAUUUCGCUGAGAGCCAUGUCGGCCCGGCCUUUGUCAAAACCUUUGGCGAGUCCCUGACCCUUGUCCGCAAGCUCUUCCAGAGCACCUCUCCCGCCGCCCAGCCCUUCAUCCUUGCCGGCUCCGGCACCCUCGGCUGGGACCUCGUUGCUUCCAACCUCAUCGAAUCCGGCCAGGAAGCGCUCGUGCUUCACAGCGGAUACUUUGCCGAUUCCUUCGCGGCCUGUCUCGAAACCUACGGUGCGAAGCCCACCCAGUUGAAAGCACCCAUCGGCGACCGUCCCGCCCUCGCCGAUAUUGAACAAGCAUUGAAGCUAGCGGACUACAAGAUCAUCACCAUCACCCACGUCGACACUUCCACUGGCGUCCUCAGCGACAUCAAAGCCGUCGCUGAGCUCGUCCGGCGCGUCAGCCCAAACACUCUCGUCGUCGUCGACGGCGUCUGCAGCGUCGGCUGCGAGGAAAUCGCCUUUGACGCAUGGGACAUCGAUGUCGUCCUCACCGCCAGCCAAAAGGCCAUUGGCUGCCCUCCAGGCCUCAGCAUCGUGAUGUGCUCCGGCCGCGCCAUGGAGCGAUUCAAGACCCGGCAAUGCCCUCCAGCCAGCUACUACGCCUCCCUGGCCAACUGGCUCCCCAUCAUGCAAAACUACGAAGCCGGUAAGCCGUCCUACUUUGCGACUCCGGCGACACAGCUCGUCCGAGCACUGCACACCGCUCUGGCCCAGAUCGCUUCCAAACCGCUCUCUGAGCGCUUCGCUGCUCACCGCGCCGCCUCUGCGCGAGUCAAGAGCGCAGUGGCCGAGCUGGGAUUGCACCAGCUGGCUGCCAAGCCGGAGUGUCAGGCCAAUGCCAUGACGGCGAUCAGAUUGCCUGAGGGAUUGACGCCGGCGGAUGUUCUCCCCAUUCUGGGUAAGAAGGGCGUGGUGUUCGCUGGUGGUUUGCACAAGGACAUUGCGAGCACCUACAUUCGGUUCGGCCACAUGGGUGUGAGUGUGAUGGAUCCUGCGAGGAAUGAUAUCGACAAGGCCAUCCAGGCCUUGAAGGAGGCACUUGCAGAAGUGACCAAAUAA